UCGGAAUGAAGAGGUAGAAAUCGCUCGCUAUGAAGCAUUACUGUAUGGCGAGGCAGUACUGUAUCUUCUUCGCAAGUUUACUCAAGCAGUUCGCGCGAAGGCAAGAGCUUGAAAAUAUGUGCAGUCGGACCGUGGUCAAUCGGAAAGAGAUCGUGUCGUUUUAAUAAGAAGCAUUCGGCGUUUGAUGGUUGUGAUGUGUAUCGAAUGACAGGGAGCGCACGUGUUGCGAUUCACAGCUGUUAUUCCGGGAGAGUAAACAGAGAGAGUUCUGGUCCUCGGAUCGCCCGAGACUCGAAAAUGUCUGUGACCGAGGAACGAAUUCAAGAACUAAAUAAACGGUUCUUGGACUUCAUGAGCAAAAACGAAAAUGUGGAGUCGGCUACGAAAGAGAUCUAUGACGACCUCCUCGAUGAAGUUCUGAUGGGUUUUGUUUUCGAUGUGCAUCGCACCACGAAAACUGGUAGUUCGGACGUCGAAGAAGGCAUACCCGACGACGAGUCUUAUGCCAUCGUAGAUUCGCCCGGGUUGGACGUGUUCGGGCAGCACCCCGUGAAAAAGUCCCAAGAAUGCAAUUGCCCGAAUUGCGACCGAGGAGUCGCAGCUUGUCGUUUCGCAACACAUUUGGAAAAAUGCAUGGGCAUGGGACGGAACAGCUCGAGAAUCGCGUCGAGACGCAUAGCCAACAACUCGAAGGAUCUCAGUAAUUUCAGCGGCGUGAUAAGCGACGACGACGACGACGUUGACUGGAGCCUGACCAAUGACAAACGCAAACGCAGGAAAGACCGGAACGGUAUUAAGCGAGCGAAGCAACAGAAGAACAAUCAGAGAAAUGGGGACAACAUGAACGAACAUGUUCACAGUAGCAAUGAAAACUCCCCGUCUAAUUACGAGAACAUGUCAUUGGAAGACAAAAGGAUUCUGUUGACUCAGAUUUGUGGAGUGAUAUCGGAACAUACCAAAAAGUUGUGCACCAGAUCGAUGCGUUGCCCGCAACACACAGAGGACCAGAGGAAAGAGAUGAGGGCGAACUUAGAAACCAAUGCUCAAACGGGUCAGGAUAAUCUUCACGUAGACGUAGAUACUUACGAGGAAAACGAUGGACAAAAUCUAAGAGAGGCAUUGGCACGUUGGGAUCGAGAAGGCUCUAGUCAUUCGAGUCCUGCUGAUUCUACGUCUACUACGUCUACGUCUUCGAUUAGUAGAAAACGUGAAACAAAGACGAAGGGCAAAGGCAAGGGAUCGAAACGUGACCGUGGAUCACCCAUUUCACAAGGCGACUAAAAUAAAUAGCGUAUUUAUUUAUUUUUUAACCAUAUAAGCUGACUAACAAAGACGGUUUAUCUAAUAAUAAUGUUCCUAUGCUUGUACAAAGCUUCCAAAAUACAUUGUUCAACCCAAAAUGUAUCUAAAACGGUAACACACCUUUUUUGUGUUUCAUUUUUCAUUGUUAUAUAAUAAACGGAAUAAACCGUACAUAUUUUGCAAUUGUGAUUGAGGAGUAUGUAUAGAGACAAAUACAAAGAAAUCAAGAAAAU